AUGAAUAACUUACUGGCAUAUAAUAAUAAUAAUAAUAAUACGAAUGAUGGUCCUGCAUCACGACGUUAUUCAGGUUAUCCACUUAACUCAACAUUAGUUAGUUCUUAUACUCCAGAUACAAUUCGGAGUAUUAUUAGUCAUGCUGCAGCUGGUCAACCUUAUGCAACGGCCGUUUGGAUUCGUAUUAAUCGAGUUGGUAUUCAAGUAAAUGCACAAGAUCCUAGCGUAGCUCGAUCACGUGUGCCAGUCUUUAUUCCAAUUGGACUUGUACAUGAUAUUUUCAUGUUACCAAAUAUAAAUAAUAUUAUUUGUAUUGUUUAUGAUGAACUUCAAACAAGUAUGAAAGGUGUUUUAUUGUAUGUUGUUCAUCCAUCUGAUGCACAAUUAUUACGUGACGAUUUUCGUAUUGUUAAACAAGCAAGUAAUAGUCAACAAAUGCCAGCAGCACCAUAUUCAAGUCCAUUUGAAAGCCGUUUUACACAAGCAGCUGAUAUGUAUCCAUCAGGAAAUAAUCUAACUGUUCGACAACCAUCACCAAGACGUACUGUACAUGUUCGAGAAAAUGAAAUAAAUAUCAAUCAAACUGCAACACCAACAAUACCUGAACAUAGUUUUACACCAGUGAGAAGUAGUUUUCAUAGUGGACGAGAAGAUUGGCAACAACAACAUAAAAGUCCAAGAAGAAGUCAAAAAUCAUAUUCACCAUCUAAACGUUCAAACGAGGGUACACUGAGACGACACAGGAAACAUAGAUCACGUUCACCUGGAACACCUGCUAGACGAAGAUUACCUAUUAGUAAUAGUAGUCAUGAUCUUUCAUCAGAAACGCUACAACAACAGCAACAAUGGCUUAUGCAACAACAACAACAACAAUGGUUUCUACAACAACAACAACAAACGACAAAUUGGCAAGCUGCUCAACAAGCACCACCAGUUCCGAUUGGUAUUUAUAAUCGUUAUGUUCCAAAAACUAUUCCAUUACCAACAGGUGAAGUGCUUAAGACAACUCUACCAUCAUCAGGUCCGAAUGGUGAAGUGAUGAAUGGUGCAGCUAUGGCUUAUAUUGAACCACAAAAUCCUGUCAAUAUUGCUCAAAAUAUACCAUCUCCUUUAUCUUCAAACUCUUAUCUUCAACAACAACAAAACCGUUCAGCAACUACUGUAGCAUCACCUGCCUAUAUACAAACCACACAUCAUCGUCAUCAUAGUCGCCAUCAUCGAAAUCAUGCUAAUGAUAGUACAGAGCAAAUAUUAAAACCUGAUUUAGGUACAUCUGGUCAUGUAAGACAUACUUCUCGAUCACGUCCAAAAUAUUCUCCAUUAAAAGAUGAUAAUAGAAUAGUUGAUACUGAUGAUGAAACAAAACAAUAUUUAAAAAUGUUAGUUGAUGAAAUGCAAGCAAUGAAGCUUGAAAUGAGUAAAUUACGACUAACAACUUCGGAUUCACCAAGAGGACGUACAGAUUCAUUACAAACUGACUUAAAAGAAAUUCGUUCACAUAUUGAUCGUCUUCGUGCACGAAUGGUUUUAACGCCAAACAUUCGUGAAGACUAA